UCAACCUUCUGCUUUCUGGAGGGGCACCUUCAACCAGCUCCGCGGUGCACUGGCAGCGGCUUCCCAAGUUGUAAAGACUAAGUGGAGAUAACACAUUCACACAGACACAAUGUCCUUCCUGACUGUCAGCCGGUUAGCACCUAAACUACUCAAUUCAAAGAAUGCCACCUACUUCCUUGUGGCUGCCAGAAAUGCCAGCGCAUCAACAACAAAUCUGAAGGAUGUUCUGGCAGACCUCAUCCCUAAAGAACAGACCAGGAUCAAGAACUUUAAGCAACAGUAUGGCAAAACCAACAUAGGACAGAUUACUGUUGACAUGGUCUAUGGAGGUAUGAGGGGGAUGAAGGGUCUGGUGUACGAGACCUCUGUGUUGGAUCCUGAUGAGGGCAUCCGUUUCCGGGGCUACAGCAUUCCAGAGUGUCAGAAGUUGCUGCCCAAAGCUCCAGGAGGUGAGGAGCCGCUGCCUGAGGGCCUCUUCUGGCUGCUCGUCACAGGACAGGUGCCCACUGAGGAGCAGGUGAACUGGGUGUCCAAAGAGUGGGCGAAGAGAGCAGCACUUCCCUCUCACGUUGUCACCAUGUUGGAUAAUUUCCCCACAAACCUUCACCCCAUGUCUCAGUUCAGCGCUGCCGUCACAGCCCUGAACAGUGAGAGCAGCUUCGCACGGGCUUACUCCGAGGGUGUCCACAAGACCAAGUACUGGGAGUUUGUCUAUGAAGACUCCAUGGACUUGAUUGCCAAGCUGCCCUGCAUUGCUGCCAAGAUCUACCGCAACCUGUAUCGCGAAGGCAGCAGCAUCGGAGCCAUCGACUCAAACCUGGACUGGUCCCACAAUUUCACCAACAUGCUGGGCUACAGCGAUGCCCAGUUCACUGAGCUCAUGAGGCUCUACCUCACCAUCCACAGUGACCAUGAAGGAGGCAAUGUCAGCGCCCACACCAGCCACUUGGUGGGAAGCGCCCUGUCUGACCCUUACCUGUCCUUCAGCGCUGCCAUGAAUGGACUGGCUGGUCCUCUGCACGGUCUGGCCAAUCAGGAGGUGCUGGUGUGGCUGACUGCCCUGCAGAAGGAGCUUGGCGGAGAGGUGUCUGAUGAGAGGAUGAGGGAUUACAUCUGGAACACACUCAAGUCUGGAAGGGUUGUGCCAGGAUAUGGCCAUGCUGUCCUGAGGAAGACUGACCCACGUUACACCUGCCAGCGUGAAUUUGCCCUGAAGCACCUGCCCAACGACCCCAUGUUCAAGAUGGUUGCCCAGCUUUACAAGAUUGUGCCCAACGUGCUCCUGGAGCAGGGCAAGGCCAAGAACCCCUGGCCCAAUGUGGACGCCCACAGCGGAGUGCUGCUGCAGUACUAUGGAAUGACUGAGAUGAAUUACUACACUGUGCUGUUCGGCGUGUCCCGAGCCCUUGGCGUGCUGGCUCAGCUUGUGUGGAGUAGAGCCCUGGGCUUCCCCUUGGAGCGCCCCAAGUCCAUGAGCACAGAUGGACUGAUGACACUGGUGGGAGCCAAGUCAGGCUGAAGAACCACCUGAGAAGAUCCGGGGGUUAGUGUGAAGGGUGGGAGGAGGUGGAAACAUCAAAACAAAGCAGACGUGUGUUGACCCCCUGUCAUUUUCCAACCCCAGGGAUUCAAUGGGAUUCAAAGAGACAGUACGCUUUUAAUGUCAUUUCACAAAAGAAGGGCCUUUUUAAAUCGUCACAUCAUUAGUGUUUGAGUGCAUCUGAGUUUUCCCAUCAGGUCUCCGCAUUCGGAACAUGAGAGGUGAAAACAUCAGAGGCACAUACAUGUAAUCCAUAGUAGGCUCAAACUAUGUACCGUAAUAAGUCUGCUAGCAUCGCUAAGAUUUUCCCCUGUGCAGUGCCUGCGUGUUUGUCAUUGGGCACUGGGUCUGAACUAUGAAUAGGCAGUGGCAUUCAAAGGGAAUUGUGGGAGUGAAUAACCCUUCCAUUGUGUUCAUUUAAAGAUCUAAAGUUAAAUAACUGACUCACAAUUUGCUUCUUUUGGCUAAUGCGGUGAUUUGUUUUAGAGUAUAUCCCCAAGCAAAAGACCUUUUUCCCCCCAAAUUAAGACUAGUUUCUUCUAUGCAAUGUUCACAGACGACAUCCCACCCAGUCUAUCCAUGCGUUUCACUCCCAUUCAUGAACACUCCAGUUUAGAAUAAAGGUCCUAACAAGCUGUUCGAGAUAAACAUCCAAAGUCAUGAAAAUCAGUUAAAAGAUACUGCCCCUUUAAAUCUUUGGUCCCUCCUUUUUCUCCAACUUGUAGUUUUUUUUCUUUUUAAUGAUGACCUGCGUUACCUCUAUGAUCAAAAUAACUCUUGUCUAGGUAUUAUUAUCCUUCGUACACAUCCUGUUUUUAAAGGGUCUCCGCUCAAAUGGUCUUCUGAAUGGUAGAGAAUCAAGAAAAAUGUACAGUUACAGUAAUAACAAAGAUUUGAGCAAAGGGUGUUGUAAUUGGCAGCCUGUGGUAAAUCCUUAAGAGCAAGCUUGAAUAAAAAGUGGGAUGAGGGGGCUUUGUAAUGUGAAAGUCCUGUCUUAUUUGAGUGUGUGUUUGUUACUUAAAUCCCCACAGGAGAGCGCUUUAAACAUCAACUACUCCAAAAUGAGCACUUGCUUGAUUGGAUUCCCUAAUUAGUAGUGGUAGAAACCCCACAGGUUGAUUGUGUCCCUUUUACAGAGUUUUUGUUGGUGUUGAAAAUGUGUAAAAACUAUAAUCUUUGGGUUCUCAUUUUGUGGUUUUAUUUAUACUUUGUGUACAUAGGUAUAUAUAUGUAUAGCUUGAAUGUAUGAGCUCUGUGCGAUCACUUGCUUGUAAUAACCACAAUGAUUACCAUAGUUUACCAACAGUGUAGUGGUGUCCAGUCUCACUGUCACGUUCAGUCUCACUGGUCACUGUAAGAUUCUGAUAACGAACAAAGACUGCAGCUAUGUUGUAUAUACACGAUUUCUUGCCUGGCUCUGUGGGCUUAGCCGGUGCUGUUUUUCAGGUGUUUCACUUGAAUGUUUCAAGCUUGCUCUUAAGUUCUGGGUUUGUCAACACUCCAUUUUUGUGUACGCAUCUUUUUCGUCUUUUUUUUUUUUUUUUUUUUCCUCAAAGUAGUCUUGCCGUGUUAGUAGUCCACGCAGAUGUUCGAUUCUCCCCCGCUCUGCUUCCAUCUUCCUUCUGGCUUCAUCAGGCGUGUUUUAUGUUUUAUUGUAGUGUUUUUCAUUGUGGCAGGCUGGUGAGGAGACGUGGUUAUUUUGAUCGUAGAGGAGCAUCGAGGUUGUACAUGGUAACUGGGAGAAUUCAUUGCAGAUGGAUUCAUCAGAGAAACACUUGGGGGACGGGGCUGGAUGGGUCAAAAGGGCAAGAAAAGCUUGAAGAGCAAAUAUGGGAAAACCUAACAAAAAAAAAGAAAAUAAAGGUUUUUAUUAACUUG